CUCUCUCUCUCUCUCUCUCACCCCUACAUUGAAAUCAUCAGGGCAGCCACAUUUCAGUGACAUUUAAGUACAGCAUAGAGCUAAAGCUGAGUACUGCGUCUGACAGGGGAAAAAAAGCGGGAAGAAAAAAGAUCUGCAGCAGAAAGCAGAGAUGGUGGAAGGAAAAGAGAAGAAAAAAAGGGUGAGGCAGACGAACUGAGUGACAGAGCAGAGGAGAGUUUACAGGAGGAGAGAAGAGAAGAGAAGAGAAGAGAAGAGAAGAGAAGAGAAGAGGAGGGGAGAGAAGAGGAGAGGAGAGGAGGGGAGAGGAGAGGGGGUUAUCUGUACUUUACUUCACACAUGGACUGGACUCAAAACAGCAGCGGUGCCGUGAAUUCCUAUGACUUUCUGACACCUGGAGCUGUGCGCAGCCUGAUCACUAUGAGGGACUGUUGCCUUACACAGCGGAGGAAGAUCAGUUACGGAGCACCUAUUCUGCUGAAGAGCAUGACAAAAGCCUACUGGACUUGACAACAUUAAGAAGGGAAGCCAGUUGGUAGGAAAGGAGAACUGAAAGAAGAUACGUGUGAGGCGUGUCGGAUGAUCGAAGAUAAAGCAAAGGAGAUGAUAAGGAAGUACAUAGGUGAGAGGAGUGUUAGAGGCAGACGUGAGAGUCAAGUGAGAAGUCAAGCUUAAGAGUAGAGUGUACUAUUUCAUCUGCGCCUCCUUUCACUAUCAGAACAAGAAGAUACUGGUAAGAGAGUGUGAGGAGAGCAGGGUACGUGCUGUCAGUGUUCUGAGAUCAGCAGAAAUAAGCAUUAGUCACAAUGUUCAUGAACUUCCGUCGCAUCCGUAAGUGCCAGUGUGUGCAGCUGCUGACCACAGGCCUGUUGCUGUGUGUGGUGAUGGUCUGCUGGGAGGAGCUGGACCACCACGUAGUCAGCCACAUGAGAUCCUAUACAUAUCGCUACUUGGUCAACAGCUACGACUUUCUCAAUUCCUCCUUCGCAGUCACCUCCAACCAUCCUCAGAGAAAGGAGGGUUCUGUGAGUGCCAACGGUGGGUUGGCAAGCUAUCCGUACCUCAUCAACCACCCACGUAAAUGUGGAGACGGGAGGAGCCGGAGCGACAUCCUCCUGCUUCUGUUUGUCAAAUCAUCACCAGAGAACUUUGAGCGCCGCCAGGCCAUCAGGGACACCUGGGGGAAUGAGAGCUUUGUUUGGUCAGAACUGGAUGCGAAUGUGAGGGUGUUGUUCGCCCUCGGCGUGCACCCGGAUGCUGAACGGAGACCCAGUGUGCAGAGGGCGUUGAUUCAGGAGGACCGAGUCUAUGGCGACCUGAUCCAGCAGAACUUUUUGGACACCUUCCACAACCUGACUGCCAAACUGGUUCUGCAGUUCCACUGGGGCCACAAGUACUGCCCCCAGGCGCGCUUCCUCAUGUCCGCAGAUGACGACAUCUUUGUCCACAUGCCCAAUUUAGUGAAGUACCUGCAGCAGCAGUCAGGGGCCAAAGACCUGUGGGUGGGGCAUGUACACAGAGGAGCCCCUCCAGUUCGCCGUAAAGAAAGCAAGUACCACGUUCCUGAAGAGCUGUACCCAUGGCCUUCCUACCCAGACUACACUGCUGGAGCAGGGUACGUGGUUUCAGCGGAUGUGGCUACUAAGAUCUACCACGCAACUCUGUUGCUGAACUCCUCCAUGUACAUCGACGAUGUCUUCAUGGGAAUUUGCGCCAAAGCCAUGGGGGUCUCCCCCCAGGAGCAUGUGUACUUUUCGGGGGAGGCCAAGGCUCCAUAUCACCCCUGCAUCUACGAACACAUGAUCACGUCACACGGCCACGCCACGGACGUGCGCUCACUGUGGCAGGCGGCAACACACCCUACAGUGUACCGCAACUCCAGAGGAUUUAUAGGUAAUCUUUACUGCAAAGCAGUGAAAGUGAUGCUGUUAUGUCUGCCGCAUUACCAGAGCACUUACUCCUGUAUAGCAGCUUUUACAUGAAGGCACUGAAGAUGACUGAAUGCUGUAUGUGCCACACAGACACAAACAAACAGCGGUACCUUUGACUGACAAUCCGCCAUUUUUUCCUCAUAGGUGUUCAAGUUUCAUUGUUUAGUUAUUGCAUUCUGUACUGUAUUUGCUAUCUUGUAAUAAAGAACAAAGAAGUUCUGCAAGCAAA